UCAUUGAUAUGGAGAAUAUGUUUGAGCUGCUUGAGAACAGUCCCACCAUUCAGGACAAGGACAACGCAGUUGCACUGAGGGCGGAGAAUGCACCGGAAGUGCGCUUCUCCAAUGUGUCCUUUGCCUAUGGCGAUCGUAUGAUCUUAAAAGACAUCUCAUUCACAAUUCCCAAAGGCCAGGUAUGCGCAUGUGUUCGUAGGUAG